CGGAGUAUUAGUCAGCUGGUGAUCGCCGGGUGGCGUGCAUGUUCUGCUUUUGCGCAGUCGGUGCUUUGAUUUGCGAAUUCACUUGCAGUCGGUGCUUUGAUUUGCGAAGUGAGUCGUGACUCUGCAUUGAGCCCACCGGAGCUCAGCCCCCCAGCCUCUCGCGCGCUUUGAUUCCGUGUUCUGAAAACCCUAGAAUCACGCCUCUCCAGUCCAAAGUCUCAUGAUUCGCUUCGAUCUGUUGAUUUGAAUAAGAAGUUUCGAUCACAAAAUCAAUAAAUGGACAAUCACUUGCAACAGGUGAUAUCCAGCCCCUCUACGUCGUUUCACGACUUGUUGGCUUCACAGAGGGAGCUCUUCCACAGCCAAAUUGAUCAUCUAGAGAACAUUGUCGUCCAUCAGUGCAAACUCACCGGGGUCAAUCCUCUUUCUCAAGAGAUGGCUGCUGGAGCUUUGUCUAUCAAAAUAGGGAAAAGACCCAGGGACCUGCUGAAUCCCAAGGCUAUAAAAUACAUGCAAUCUAUCUUCUCAAUCAAAGAUGUAAUUAACAAGAAAGAAACUCAUGAAAUUAGUGCUCUUUUUGGAGUUACGGCCACACAGGUUCGAGAUUUUUUUACCACCCAGCGAACAAGAGUGAGAAAGCUAGUCAGAAUCUCUAGGGAGAAGGCUAGGAAGUCUAGUGCAGCUAAUGAGCAAUGUAGUGAGAUAUCUUUAAGGUCAGGUGGCAGUUUAACAGUUGAUCCAGUUCCCUUAGACAGCGUGGCUCCUAUAAAUGUAGAAGGGCCAUCAUUCUCGACACAGCAUGAAGUCCCAUCAGGAGUAGAGGAGUCCGACAGAGAUUUCAUUGACACUAUAUUUAUUUUAAUGAGAAAUGAAGAUACAUUCUCUGGGCAAGUGAAAUUGAUGGAUUGGAUCAUGGAAAUACAGAAUCCCUCAGUGCUACAGUGGUUUUUAAGUAAAGGCGGGGUAAUGAUCUUGGCAAAUUGGUUGAGUCAAGCAGCUACAGAAGAGCAGACCAGUGUUCUUCAUGCCAUUCUUAAGGUACUCUGCCACCUGCCCCUGCACCAAGCACUUCCAGCACACAUGUCAGCUAUUCUGCAGAGUGUUAAUAAACUUAGGUUUUACAGGACAUCAGAUAUCUCAAACAGGGCAAGGUUUCUUCUCUUUAGAUGGAGCAAGAAAUUAGCGAGCCAGUCAUCUAAGAAACCUAGUGGUUUCAAGUCAGCCACUGGCGCACAUGAUGAAAUGCUGUUGAAGCAAAGCAUUGGGGAGGUCAUGGCUGAAGUUGAUGGCUUUGAAGAGUCUCUUGCACAAUUUGAAACUGCUGAGAACUUGAGGAAGAUGGGUUCAACUCAGCCGUUGAGGUUGCUCACAUCUGCAGACGAAUCUAAUAAGAAGACAGGCAGAAGUGCUUUACCAGCCCAAAACCGAGAACGCAGAAAGGUUCAGUUGGUUGAACAACCUGGGCAAAGAAUGGCAGGAAGAAAUCCCCAGGCUGCAAAAACAGCAUCUCCCGCCCAAGGCCGGCCACUUUCUGCUGAUGAUAUUCAAAAAGCUAAACUACGUGCACAGUUUUUGCAGAGUAAAUAUGGGAAAAGUAAAACAUCCUCGGAUCGCAGCCCUCAGCCCAAGCCUGAGGGUCCAAAUAAAUACGCUUCUCCUCCUCAAGCCAGCAAUUUCCAUUCAACUACUAAAGCAUAUGAUCCGCUAACAGUGACUAAUGAAGUCAAGUCAAAUAUAAGUGAUGAAAAGCCAACUACUGAUGAAGGGAAGCCCAUAAUUGAUCCAAAGAAAACAAUCUAUGGACAUAAAAGUAUCGCUGAUCUUGUUUCCAAUAUAUCUAAACACCUGGAGACUCAUUUAAAUCAAAAAAGGUGUUUGGGUGCUGAAGAACCCCCGUGGAAAAAGUGCAAGGGAGUUCAGAUUCCCUGGCACACUCCACCAGUGAUGACUAUUCCCGAAAAUUGGAAGCUAUGUGCUGGAGAAAACAGUAAAGAGGUAGAAAUUCAGAAGAAUAGAAUACACCGUGAAAAGGAAACUAUUUACAGGACACUUCACGAAAUUCCUUUGAACCCCAAGGAACCGUGGGACCAUGAAAUGGACUAUGAUGACACACUUACCCCCCAAAUCCCUACAGAACAAUUGCCGGAUGUAAACAACACAGAAGAUAUUCCUCCUGAUGAUGUCAGCACCGUGGUGCAUUCUGAAAAUGUGAGCAACAUGGCGGAGCCAGAUCUAGAGUUGCUCGCUGUGCUCCUUAAAAACCCAGAACUGGUUUUCGCGUUGACAUCGGGCGGCCAAGCUGGUAACUUGUCAAGUGAGGAGACUGUGAAGCUGCUUGAUAUGAUUAAGGUGCACGGGUUGGGCCAAAAAGCUCCUGAUAUGACUAAGGUUGAAGUGUCUCUUCCAUCCCCAACUCCUUCCAGCAAUCCUGGAACGAGCGGAGUGAUACCAGAUGACUUUGACAAAAAUCCUUUCUCAAGGAGAGGUGGUGCAACAGCCACCACCUUGGCUGUGCCAGCUCAGCAAUUUACCCACCAACCAGCCGACGGGAGGGCUACUAAUCAUCUUCUCCAACAUCCACCACCUGCUACAGUUUCAUCCCUUAACCAGGUUGCCCCUGUCAUGAACUUACUCCAACCAGCACCAUCAGAGUUGCUGGUAAACAGGAACAAGAACGGUGGGGCCUUAGUUAAUAAGCCGCCACGGGCAAUGCAAGUAACCGCUCAUGCACCCCCACCUCAAGAAACGCCAUCACGGUUUCACGCUCACCCAACGCAAGCUUCCUAUUACUCGCAUGAGCCUCCUCAAAGUUGGGGAGGAGUCAGGCAGGGCCCACCACAUCAUCAUGUCCCACAGACUAAUUCAUCAAAUAAAUAUUAUAACGCCCAUCCGGGCAGGGCUGCUCCAGAUUCCUCUUGGAGGAGAAAUGAGUAUGUAGAUCGCCGGCCCGACGGCUUCGAGUCGUUUAGUCCCGAAAACAGCCCUCCUAGGUUGAAUAACAAUUAUAAUCACCCACCUCCAACAUCAUCUCGAAAUCCGCCUACUUACCAUCAGGAUCCUUCUAACUGGAAUUCUGUGAACAGGAGGUGGUCCGAUCACCGGAGAUGAUAGCCCUCAUACAAAGGCCUUGAAACAUUUACACAUCUAGCCAUUCUGUAUGUUCAAUGUAAAGUUGUAGCAGUUAUAGAGAGAGGAUAAUGUAGCGCGAUUUUUUAUUAGUCUGUCAAUUGAUUUCACAUCCCUUAAAAGAUUUAUUCUCCAGCUAUUGUAAAAGGAAAAGAAGUGGGACACGAGUGAAACAGUAGCUUCUAUCAAUUUUAUUAACAUUUAUUAUCAUUUAGAAUUUAGAACACUGCUGAUAGCCUUCUAGUUUUUUAUUCUGUAUUCUGUAUUAGUAUUACUCCGUAUACAAUAAAAUACUCCAUAUUUUCUUUGUA